AGGUGCAAAGGUUGAAAGUGGGCGAAAGAUAAUGAUGCAAGUAGAAAAUAAAUAGAAAACCAAAAUUUCGUAUUCGAAAUAGGGAAUUUUGAUGUUUCUAAUGAGUUUGUAUUCAAACGGGGAAAUGCGAACCUUCGUCUUCGGCGGAAUCGUCCGUCUGUUUCACUACUCGACUUCGGAUGACAACAAUCAAAUAAUCACAACAAUCCGAUCUAACAAAAAUCUAAAUUAUUCAACUUAGUUUGCUUUUUUGAAUGUGGUUCACAAUUACAGAAUUUACAUUAACAAGGAACGUUGUUGAGUUUUGAAUAUUCCUUAUUCAACCACCCCUAAAGUAGUGGAAUCCACUAGUUGUUCCUUCUACAGCUUGUCCGCCCAGAUGACGGUAAAGAUGACGGUACAAAGUUAAUUUCUUUGCUUCGCAAACAAAUGACGCAACACCUGAAGUACAAACUGAUCUGAUCAAUGAAGACGUCUAAAGUUUAAGAGCAGUAUUUGUCAUCCUUGGGUUGGGUCUCAAAGUAGUGGUACGCUGCUGCUAGUGGUGUAUUGGAACAUGACCGUGUUAGGAACAGGGGAUCCAAACUACAAAAAGAGCCAGCAGCGCUUAAUCACAAUUCCUCUUCAUCACGCCUCUUCUGGGCCGUCGCUCCCCAAUACUACUGUCCUCAAUCUCAACGCCAACAGGGCACACGCCAUCGCCGUUUCAAUGCUACCCACCCCAACACGAGUAAUUGUCAAGACGUUACUCAAAACACUGCUCCAGAUCCUCUGCAAACUGUGGAGAUGGGCCUCAUCUUUUCUAGUUCUCAUCUGUUUGGCUGCAUGGUUUUAUGGGGGAUUUCUACCGUACUUUCUCACCGUCAUGGGGUUUCUAAGUCUAGGAUAUAAUAUGUCGGACUAUUUAUUGUAUCAGCCCGACUUUCCGCCAGAGUCCCGAAUAUUUGUUGCGUCUCCUGACCAAUUUGGAAUGCCAUUCGAAGAAAUUUGGAUCCAUACUAAAGAUCGAGUCAAGCUGCAUGCAUAUCUAAUCAAACAACAGGUUCCAAAUGGCCGUAGCAUUCCUGUCAUGAUAUUUUUUCAUGGAAAUGCUGGGAAUAUUGGCAGUCGAUUGGAGAACGCUAGUAUGAUUUAUAAAGACAUUCGAUGUCAUAUUUUACUCUUGGAGUAUAGAGGAUACGGUCACUCGGAUGGAACUGCAUCAGAAAAUGGUUUAUAUAUGGAUGCACAAGCUGCAUUUGAAUUUAUUGAUGCCCGAGAAGACUUGGAUUCGAAAAAGAUAUUUCUAUUUGGUCGAUCAUUAGGAGGCGCAGUCGUGAUAGAUUUAGCUUCCCGAUGCGAUUUUCGUGACCGGGUUGCUGCAAUAAUUGUAGAAAAUACUUUCUCAAAUAUUCCCUCUAUUGCUAGACACUUGUUUCCAAUUAGAGCAGUACGUUGGCUCCCGAAAUUCUGUUACAAGAACAAGUUUGACAGUUACAACAAAAUAUCAUCAGUGGUUUCUCCUUGCUUAUUUAUUUGUGGAACGGAAGAUGAAAUGAUCCCAGAAUCUAUGAUGACGGAGCUUUACAAUAAAUGUUCCUCUUCGAUGAAAAGACUGAUCCGCUUCGCUGGGGGACACAACGAUACGUGGCUGUGUGAUAAAUCGUAUCCCAGUAAAAUUUCUGAAUUUAUCUCUGAGGCUUUAGAUGCAGACAGAAGGCCGAGUUUUCAUAACUACUCAGAUAACGUGGUUUAAUUACUAGAAAAAAGAGUCACCCUGCUUGUUGUCCGUGCCCUUCGUUUGUAAUCUCUUCCCUCAUUUUAAACGUAUUUACAACCACAAACUCGAAUAUCAUCAUUGAUAAAAAACAUGUAAAAGCUAACACUUGGUUUUACAAGCAAAAUGAAAUGAAGUACCAUUAAAUUAUUAUGACCUUCCCAUCGUUUAAUAAUGGUGUACACGUAGUAUUAAUAUUAUGCAAACAAGACGAUAAUUCAUGAUGACGAUCUUUAAUAAUAAUAAUUCUCAUUGUCAA